AGAAACCGGGUAGACCAGCAGACCGCGCUUCGACUGCGCUGCGACGGGACCUGUGCGCUCCGCGCUCCCCUUGUUCCGGAUACACACUUCGCCGCGGCUCUCUCUACUCCCGUGCUCGUGUGUGGCGGUGCGUGCCCGCGCUGUUGUGUGAGCGUGUUUUGGGCCGAAAGGCUCAGUGCCUUUGCGGCGGCGCCGCAGGCGGCGUUUGACGACGACGACGGACGCCUUCUUCGGAAACUGGAUAUCCCGAGUAACCAGAUCCUCGAGUGCCGCCCGGGGAUCGCACUGCUUGUGAGUGAGUGUGUGUCUGUGCGCGAGUGUCUCUGGGUGCUACUGCUGCUGGCUCUUCGAGUGGAUGCGCGCCUCGAAACUUGGCGCUGUGCGAGUGACCCAGCGACCGACUGAGGAAGGUGUGCAUGUGGUCGUCAGUGCGGACCCGCGCUUUCGAUAAUAAGGAUGCACGGUGCGAGGCUCGCGCUGGGAUGAUUUUGUUAGGCUAUUGUUCGGCGAGCGUGGUACUACUGGCGAGCCGUCGGCAGUAGCCAGUGUGUCGCCGUCAGCUCGACACCUUUUGUGACUUUGGUGUUCCGGCUCACAGAGCCAGGAAUUCUACCGUAAGCCAGUGAUGUGAACGCGUCGAGAGAGAAAAGAGAAACCUCGUGGCUCAUUGCUUCGCCCCAAGUAUCCGACGCUGCCAAACUCGAGACGAUCGACUAGCGAUUAUACCAGCGCCGCCCCCCACCGCUGCUGCCGUAGCGACUCGCCUUCAUCGAGCAACAAUCCCGUCAUGUGAAAAGAGCCCUUCGCGACUUCCCGUCCGGGGCUACGCACAAAAACCGCAACCACGGCGGGCUUUCAGUUCACCAUGGAGCUCUUCCCAGUGCUCUGGCUGGCCGUAUCGGCCACGGCACCCGUGCUCAUAGUGCUAUGCCUCUGGGUGGCCUACGUGUUCCACACGUACCGUCGCAAGUGGAGGACCGUCGACCUGUUCCUGCUGUCCGUCUGCUGCCAGGACCUGGUCACGGCGCUCUUCUGCUUCGCCUUCUCGGUGCUUCGACUCAUCGGGCCCAAGAUGGCCGCCGCCCCGUGCGGGUUCGUGCUGUGGGGACUGGCGGCGAGCCGCACCUUCCAGCUGACGACGCUAGCGUCUGCCGUAGGCGACCGGCUGCUCACAAUCCGAUGGCCGUACCGGUACCGGUUCAGCGUACGCCGCAACCAGAUCCGGUACCACGUCGCCGUGCUCGCCGUCAUCGGCGUCCUGAUCGGCGUCGCGUCGGCGUUCGCCCGCUCCUCGGAGUCCAUGCUUGAGUGCUCGCUACACCCGCAGCUCUGGGACAGCCGGUACACGCUGUUCGUGCUCGUCCUCUACGGGAUGCUCAUGGCGAGCAGCGUCGGCAUGAGUGUGGCCAUGGAAGUGCAGCGAUGGCAGCUCGGUCGCAAGGCGCGCCUCCAGCAGCUGCGCACCGCGACGCCGGAGUACGGGACGACCAGCACCGGCAGCAGCGUCAGCUCGUCCAGUUCGAAGCCUCUGCACGUGCUCGGAAGACAGACGUCCAGGAGGCCGUACAGCCCGCAGGUUCUGUGCGAGGCCGGUGUGUCAGAGUAUCGCUGGACGGUCGUUGCCGUGGUUACGUUGCUCUCCUUCGCCGUCAACCAUCUGCCCUUCCUGGUGAUGGUUGUGCUGGGCGCGUACAUCGAUGGCUUCUGGAGCCCCUGGCACGACAUGGCAGUCGUGUGGCUGCGGCUGGCGCAGGGAUUCCUCUUCCCGCUCGUGCUGUGCGUCACCGAUCGCCACCACUGGUCGGCACUCAAGAAGGCCCUGCAGAGACGCUCGGCGUCGGCUGACUUCACCGGAGGUGACGAGAACCGGUACCGGCUGUACCCCGGCGACGGCAAGAGCUACAUCAAGCAGCUGGGUCCCGUGGCGCCCAUCGGCAUCAUCACAAACUACAAGCGUUCGUCCACCAGCUACGGCCGCGUGACGAAGACCCGGCCUGGACGCACCAGUUCUUCGAGAGCCAGCGACCGGCCCCGGAUUCCGGGCAUACCGCCGCCCAGUUACAUGGUUCCGGGCAUCUACAACGUCGACUGCGUGCUCGACAAGGCGGCCUACUUGCGGAGCUGCGCCGUCCAGCUACAGCACCAGCAGCAUUUGCAACAGCAGCACCUGCAGCAGCAGUCGCCCGACAGCCCGGGCUCCCCGCUAAAGCGGCCACUGGAAGACGCCAGAAGCUGCUGCUCCAUCGACUCGGCGGUCAAGGUCCACAUACCAGCCGUCGACUACGACUCCGAGAAGUCGCGACCCGACGAGGACGAGCGGCGCCACCAGGCGACCGUGCUGACGCCGCAAGACCUGCCCGCGUGGAUCCAGCAGGCCCAGGAGGAGGACCACAUAUACGCGACGCUGUCAGACACGCUCAGUCUUAGGUCCACCGUAGCCGGCGAGAGCUGUGCCACGCUCAGCGCGCCCGAGGAAGACUCCGACUCCGACGACGCCGGCUCGUUCACGACAGACGCCAACGACGACUUCGAGUUCCACGACACCCGGCCCUGCGGCGGCGAGGUGCGCAUGCGGCCUUCGACAGGCUCGGACGUCGCGUACGCCGCGUACAGCGUGGUCCAACACCACCCUUCGACCGAGAGCAACGGCGGCGGUUACGGCCGCAUUCAGAAACCCGUCGAUCCGCCGCCGUAUCAGGAGUCCUGCUGCAACAUCGCGGGCUCCCGCAACGCAUCGUACUCGAUGAAUGAUCUCGACCUCAUCGACAAAAUGGAGGACGGAGACGACGACCAGGCGGGGGACGGUUUCCGGGCACCGUGGCGACAGCCCAGGAGCGAGUCUCUCAUGUCCCUGUACAAUCCACCCGCCGAACAGGAACCCGAAGUCGUGCCGGUUGAGGACGUUCUGGUCAAGGAUCCCGCCAUAACGGGUGACCCUUACAGUCUGGGCCAGAAGGUGAUGGAGGCCAUCAUGAAGAACGGACGCUCGUCGUUCGUCAUCCGCAGGAACUACGUGCGCAAGGCCAAGAAGAGGAUCGGCCUGAAGAAGCACAAGCUCGUCUUCGACUGCGAAGGCAUCGACGACGGAUUCACGGCCGUCCGCAGGUUCCCUUUCCAGCAGCAUCGGCUGGGCGGUAUCAACGCUAUCCGCAGGAUCGGCAGCCCCACCAGCCAGUGGCACGUGCCCGCGGGACCCGCCGGCAGGCUGACGGUCAUCUCAGAGUUCAUCUAGGUGUACAUAUGUAUUGAUGCUAGCACCCUUUUGAGCCUUUUGACAAAAAGAGGAGCAUGCAACGCCGCGCGGUGUAGCGGUGACCCGAUCGUGUACAUAAACGCUGCUUCUCGUGUCUCUCGAAAGUGUCAAACAAGCGGCCCCCGGAGCUCCUGAAGACCACGUGCGCCUCGGCAUAAACGCGCUCCGAUUGAUUAUCGAAAGUACACGGCCAGAUUGCAGACCCUUACGCUAUGACUUAAAGGAUGUGUGAAUCAACGUCUUGUUAGGAAGAGAAGAAGCACCUUCAGAUGGAAGUAAAAAAAAUAGCGAGCAGGCUCAAGUCUAGCUGUCAGCUUUAGGGACCAGACGCAGUAUUGCGUAUUGAUAGCGCGCACCUUUGUGUCACGUAGCCGUAACGGCUAAAGCAGACGUGCGGUCGAAAGAUGUUUGCUAUAUGGCAUCGAACGCAGUUCUUUGCAAAUCGCCUUGUUUAGGGGGCUAUUUUUCUUACAUUAUGACAGUCAUCCUCUCUCCAAAGCUACGCCACAUCUUGUGUCAACCACACCGAAAUUCAAUGCUUCUUGCAGUGGCAGUGGGUUGCGCAAGAUGAUACAUUUUUGACGUAGUUCCACUAGAGCAUAUUGUGAAGAGAGUGAAGCAACAGGGCCCCUUUCGUAAACAAAGUGAGGUUAUUCCUGAUUUUCGUCAACUAACCUGCCGAUCAAUAUUUCGCCCCGAGCCCUAAGCGUCUCCUGUCCAUCUGCAGCCAAGCAGCGUUCAAGGAUAGCUUUAGUCCUGAGAAGUGCCUAAUUACCAAAACCUGUGACGUCUGGACUCCACAUAUUUUCACUAGCAACAAAGUUUAGAGCAUACGGCGUUCUUUUUACCACUAUGCAUAUAUUAGUGUGCCACGGAAGAUAAGUUUAGAUAUGCAGGCCUUACGGCUUGCUUGUAGUUGGGCGGCAAUGUCGUGAGAAGUUUCCUAUGCCAAAUCCUGCAGAGAAACAAGUCGCAUUAAGGUCUGUUCAUUUCUGUCCCUUCGGUUUACAAGUCAACACCUCGUAAUUCCAUUCAAUUGCACCUUUUACGUUUGAAGUCUGGUUAUUUUCUACUCACUACACCUCUAACGUUUCGACUCUCUAGUUAUCUCUACGCCCACUGCUAGCGCUUCAGUCUGUCUAGACGUAUACGUCCACGCAUAGUCAUUACCGUCGUUGUCAUGUUACCAUCCGUCUAACAGCAUGACAAAGAGCUGCACUGAAAACCUUCGCUUGAAGUCACAACGUUUCACGCGACACUGAGCGCAUUAACCGCCAAAACGAGUUAUUUAGGGGGCAGCUACGUCUAUUGAGGUAUAAUUAAAUAACAAAGUUAGUUACGUUACGAUAUGCCAUGUACAGUACGUUAAUAACUUGCUUUGGUUGCGCCAAACGCAAGAACAUGAAAAGAAAACGCUCGGUAGUGUCAUGCCACGCAUGCGCUGUGUCGGCCGCCCUGUUCGCGAUUGCACAACCGCAUUAUCGCUCGUAGUAAAUCCACCCAAUACAUUGUAACCAGCAGGAAUUAACUGCAAAUGACAAGCACUCCGAGCACAUAUUUAACGCGACUGAAAAAAAAAAAAGAAGACAAGCUUAUAUAUGUCUUUUUUUUCGCUUUCUAUACGAGUAACAAAUUCAGCCAUCACUGUAAAUACACACAUCGUGACCUGAGCAGAGCACACAGCUCUCACGCCAUUUACUCAUUGCCACUAUGUGCCUGUACGGAAACGCAUUUGGCAGCCUCCUGCUGAUAGUAUACAUAUAGUAUGCAAUCACGCGUUACGUGAGCUACUAACCAAUCGUUUGCAACACUGUUUUCAUAUACUGUAUAGCGUGCGUGUUGCCGUGUCUGAGAGUGCACAAAACGGUGUUCAAACGCGCUACUGAACCGACGCCCUUCAAAUGCGUUGUCCUGAGUUUAAGUAAUAUAGGUCUGGAGGAGUACCGUGACGAAGUGGCCAAACUUCCUCGAUGACCCCUUGUUUGAAUGUAAAGAUAAAUGGAUCGCGGCGUCAGUUAGUGUCCUUUUUUUUUUCUAGAAGAAGCGCUAUGUGUAGCCAGCGUCCCACGCUGAACGUAAACACGUGACAUCGCAGUUUUCCUUUCGCAAACGAAAUAAACGUGCAGUCAACGUCACUCGUGUCUUUGAUUAUGCACUGAGUCUAAUCAGCGAGCCAUCCGGCUUCCCUGUCGACCCGUGCCGUUUAUUUAUUUGAGCGGCAAUGUUUUCCGCGCAUGCCGCUAUUGUCCCGCAGAUAUGUCGGCACACCGUCCACCUCGAAAAGACAGAUGGGAAGUGGUGCGUAAGGGGCGCGUAUGUUCGAGAGAAACACAACGCCUCAAACAUGUCAACUAACGCGGGUAAUUAAUUAAUUGUUCACCUUUGCGAUUGGGUAAUCUUACUGAAAGUGAAUUCCAAGGAAGAAGAUUCGGUCGCCCUAUCCUUAUGCCUCUAACUUGCGACUUGGACUUCUUGGACACCGAGUCCGUGAGCGUCAGCGUGUUUUCAUAUAUUUCUUUCCCUUUGCAAAACGGGAAAGACGUACGCUUACCGCUCGCCCGGUAACGCAGACGUCAAUAGAGGAAGAAGGUCGAGCACCCGCUAUGGGUUGAUUGAACCGGCAUAGGAAAAGAGACGGGGCGUAGUCGUACCCCCGUCGUCGCUUCGUCCGACGUGUUCACGGACGACUGCUUCGCGCCUUCGAACAAUGGCACGCACGAGUGCGCCGCAGCCCCUGAUCCUGCUGUGUUUUGUGUGUUCAUCUCCGCGAUUGCCCGUAACUUUUUUCCUCCUCUCCCUCCCCCCCCCCUCUUGCCCUUACACCUUCCACGUUUAUGACUGUGCUAACGAACUGCCAGUGUUGGUGUACUACGCACUCGCCUCUCCUUUCUGUACACCAUCAUGUGCCUCGUGACCAAAUGUGUGCAGCGGCGACUACAAACGGACAAACGGAAAGACAAUGAUGAUUCCGAGGAGGUGCCUCAGAUGAGAUGACGACGAUACCCGUUUCUUUUUCUUUCUUUUGGUUUCCCACGCGAAUCUUCUAAUAUAUUCUUCCGUUUUGUCUCUUCGUGUGCGUCCUGUAGAGGCGAGGACGGUUUGCGUCUUCCAAGAGACUCGUUGCUGUUUUGUAGGCAUUUUUUUUUAUUCUUCACUGCUUUUUUUUUUUUUUUUUUCACGACGCACCCCCCGAGAUACGCGGGUGUGAUGGGUGUGCCGUGCCUUCGUGUCGUCGUUUUGUUUCGUAUAACCUUCAGUGGCUAAGCCAUGGCCACCGACGAAGUCACACACACACGCACCUCACCUUGUUGCCGAGAUGACGAAUAAAUGCGAUUACGUGUGAGCACCGGAACCGUGUGUGUGUGU